UGGGAGAUAGUCACGUUCUAUUGAAUACCUUGUGCUGUUGCUGCCAUCGAAAAAUCUGGUUACACUCUGGGGAGGCCUGCUACCACUGCAGGACUGAACCGCCGCGGCCCUGAGAUGAGUGUCCGGCCUGAGCAGGCACACCAUGAAUAGAUACACAACGAUCAAGCAGCUUGGGGAUGGAACCUAUGGUUCCGUCCUGCUAGGAAGAAGCAUUGAGUCUGGGGAACUGAUUGCCAUUAAGAAAAUGAAAAGAAAGUUUUAUUCCUGGGAAGAAUGCAUGAACCUUCGGGAGGUUAAGUCACUGAAGAAGCUUAAUCAUGCCAAUGUAGUAAAAUUAAAAGAAGUUAUCAGGGAAAAUGAUCAUCUUUAUUUUAUCUUCGAGUACAUGAAGGAAAAUCUUUAUCAGCUCAUUAAAGAAAGAAACAAGUUGUUUCCUGAGUCUGCUAUAAGGAAUAUCAUGUAUCAGAUAUUGCAAGGACUUGCAUUUAUUCACAAGCACGGCUUUUUCCAUCGGGACUUAAAGCCUGAGAACCUCCUCUGUAUGGGACCAGAACUUGUGAAAAUCGCAGACUUUGGAUUGGCCCGAGAAAUCCGAUCAAGACCUCCAUACACAGACUACGUAUCUACCAGAUGGUACAGGGCUCCAGAAGUUCUCCUGAGGUCUACCAACUACAGCUCCCCCAUUGACAUCUGGGCUGUGGGCUGCAUCAUGGCAGAGGUGUACACCCUCAGGCCACUCUUCCCUGGGGCCAGUGAAAUUGACACGAUAUUCAAAAUUUGCCAACUGUUGGGGACACCAAAAAAGACGGACUGGCCUGAAGGCUACCAACUUUCAAAUGCUAUGAACUUCCACUGGCCCCAGUGCAUACCCAAUAACCUGAAGACCCUGAUUCCGAAUGCUAGCAGUGAAGCAAUUCAGCUCCUGAGAGACAUGCUUCAGUGGGAUCCCAAGAAACGGCCAACAGCUAGUCAGGCACUUCGAUAUCCUUACUUUCAGGUUGGACAUCCACUAGGCAGCACCACACAGAGCCUUCAGGAUUCAGGAAAGUCACAGAAAGAUGUCCUGGAAAAGAAAGGCCCACCUCCUCUCAUCAAACCAGUCCCUCCAGCCCAGCCUCCAACGAAGCCACACACCAGAAUUUCUUCCCGACAGCAACAAGCCGGCCAGCCCCCUCAGCAUCUCAUCUACCCCUACAAAGCAGAAGCCUCCAGGACAGACCACCCAAGUCAUCUUCAGGAGGACAAGCCGAGCCCGCUGCUCUUCCCAUCCCUCCACAGCAAGAAUCCUCAGUCGAAAAUCCUGGCUGGCCUGGAACACAAAAAUGGUGAGAUCAAGCCAAAGAGUAGGAGAAGAUGGGGUCUCAUAUCCAGGUCAACAAAGGAUUCUGAUGACUGGGCUGAGUUGGAUGACUUGGAUUUCAGUCCAUCCUUCACCAGGAUUGACCUGAAAAACAAGAAAAGACAGAGUGAUGAUGCUCUUUGCAGAUUUGAGAGUGUUUUGGACCUGAAGCCCUCUGAGCCUGUGGGUACAGGAAAUAGUGCCCCCAUCCAGACUUCUUAUCAGAGGCGAGACACACCAACUCUGAGAUCUGCAGCCAAACAGCACUACUUAAAGCACUCUCGAUACUUGCCUGGAAUAAAUAUAAGAAAUGGCAUGCUCCCAAAUCCAGGCAAAGACUUUAUUCCAUCUAACCCAUGGUCCAGUUCUGGUUUGUCUGGAAAGUCUUCAGGGACAGUAUCAGUAAUCAGCAAAAUAAAUUCAGUUGGUUCCAGCUCUACAAGUUCUAGUGGACUGACUGGAAAUUAUAUCCCUUCCUUCCUGAAAAAAGAAAUCGGUUCUGCUAUGCAGAGGGUACACCUAGCAUCUAUUCCAGAUCCUUCCCCAGGUUAUUCUUCCCUGAAGGCUAUGAGACCUCAUCCUGGGCGACCUUUUUUCCACACCCAGCCUAGAAGCAAUCCGGGGUUGAUCCCACGGCCUCCAGCCGCCCAACCAGUGCAUGGCCGGACAGACUGGGCUUCCAAGUACCCAUCUCGGCGAUGACUGUCUCAGCAACCAGGCCCUUGGUCAGGGAGAGCAGGACACUUUCCCUAGACUGACUGUGUUCCACCCACAAGAGACAUGUUGAUGAUACAAAGGCAAACCAACACUUUAUUCUUCUGAACUAAGACAUUUCAAUAUUCUUUUUUAAAGUUUUUUUUAACAUUGAUUUGAAUGCAGUACCUUUUUUGUAUAAAAUUAUUUUAUUCUAAAACUGGGUCCCAUUAUUUUCUUAAACAACAGCAUUUUGUACAUAUGGGUUAUGUUUUAGCAUUUUAUACAGUUCAACUUUGUAAUGACCUUUUUAAAGAUUAAGUGUUUUUCCUUUGGGGUUCCAGGUAAUAUUUUAUACAGAUUUUGAAAAAUGUAAUACUAUUGAUGCAGUAUUGCAAUAGGGGUGCAAUUUUAAGGCUAUGACUUAAGGGUUAUCUACUCCAUACGUGCGAGUAUUGUGAAAUGAUUACAUUUAAAUAUGGCUUGUUAGGUGCUUCAGGCUUUCUUGGACUGACCUUAGGAAAGUGAUCCUUUGCUUUUCUUAAUAUCCUGUCAUCGGUUUGAUUUUUUUUCAUACCACGGUUAUAAUUCAUUUUGUUUUAUUUUUGUUCCCCAGAACAAAGAACUCUACAUAAAAUUUUUUUGGAAAUUUCUACAACACCCUUUAAUGUGAUUGCAGAUAUCCAAAUGAAUCAUACUAAGCCAUCACAUUCUAUUUUCUUCCAUUUUUGAAAUCAAAUUGUAUAUAUGUAUACACACAUACACAAAUUGUAGAUAUAUAAAAGGGCAGCUUUGGGGGUCAAAUGGUUUUCAACAUAAAGGGAUUCACACAGCACAGUCAAUUAAACUUAUAUGCCCUUGCCAAGAUGCAUGAUCAAAAAUACCAAGUUUCAAAGCAACAGAAAAAUUUUUAUUGUAAUAACUGAGAUGGAAUCUUGCAUUCAGCUCAGUUCUCUAGACAUGGUUAGGAGCAGCUCAUAAAUAAUCUAUCCUAGCCAAAUUCUCAGGACAAUUUGGGGAAGAGAAAAGAUUUAGAGCAGGGGUCCCACUGACCUAGGAAACCACGGUUAUCUUAAUGUUAGUGUCCAUAGUGUGCCACAUUUGAACUCCUAACCUGCAUAGUUUCUUUCAAGAGUGAGAACUCUAUUUGUUGGACAGAGGCUAUUCCAUUGAGAGGAAUGUUUACAGCAGUUUUGCAAAUGACAAAGCUAGUUUGGAGACAGAAAAAGACAGAAGAUCCACUCCCAUCCAUCUCUGUAUAGUGUAAGCACUUCUGCCUCCCCUCACAGUUACCUCAGAGGCAAGAGGGACAGUCAUCACCAGUGAAUUCGAUAGUGACCUCAACAGCAUUAUCGUUUCACAUUCUCCCAGGGCUCAAAGUACUCUUUUGGUUCCAGGUUCUAGGAUACAGCAAGCUGAACCAUAUGAAGUGAUCUAAUUGGUAGGUUAAAAUGAUUGGUAGGUUAAGUGAAUGUAGAUACUUUCAUAUGGUUCAAACUAGUAAGUUGGCAAAUGAUUGCUUGGUGUAUUAGUGAUAUGUGGCAGCCUGAACACAUUAUCAUGACUUCCAAAGGGCUCUAACCUAAAAUCAGGGAGUAAUUUAUGCUUUGGAGAAUCUGACUCAGAAAUGUACUUGACCAAGCACUAUGAUGGUGAAGGCCAUGAGAGAAGGACAUAAUGGAUGUGAAUUUGACAGAUAAUAUUUUCCUGUUAACAAGCUGGCGGCAAAGCUUCAGAAAAUGUAAAUGCAAGCACAACUUGAAGCUGAAUUAAUUUCUGUAUUAUAUUCUUAACUUGUUAUCUAAAGCAACAGAAAAUGUGUUUUCAGAGAUGAGUCCUUUACUGUGAGGUUAAUAUUUAUUUUUCUCUUUGUAUUAUAUAUAAAAGGUAAAUUAAUCUGAAACCUUACCCAGCUUGCUGGAAAGCUGGUUUUAAAUUGUAAAUACCUACCCCUUAGAAAAACUAAUGGAUUGUCAAUGCCAUAUUCUCUGUAUUCUAGCUUGUGUUAAGGUCAGUACUUUAUUUUAAAUUGAAAAACCUAGUUACCUGGUUAUUACACAUUGUAAAAUUGUUUUCCUAAUACUUUUAUAAGGUUCACCUUCAGAGAAUACUUCAUUUUCUUCCUUUUAUCUUUUCCUUAGUUUGCCAGCAAACACCUUCCCCUGGGAAGCUAAACAUGUUUAGCAAGUCAAAAACCUGAUGUGCAGUUGAGAAAACUAGAUUACUGAAAAAUAAACUUUAAAGAGCUAGCAAAAUCCCAUAUAGUAUUCUUUGCUAUCCCCCAAAUAGGUAAGGGACAAAUUGUAUAUACAAGCUAUAUAGUAUAAAAGGAAAUAGGGACCAUUUUUUGUUAAGUGAAAAUAAAAUGUUACCUGUUGCAUAUAUUUUUAUUUGCUAUAGAAUUAUAAAAUGAAAGCAAGACAUCAACAGGAGUGAUGAGUUCUUAUGUACCUAUCCAAUGACUAUACCUCAUUUACAGUCAGAAAGCUUUCGGGAUGUCAGAUAUGGUACAGGGUGGCUCUUGUUCCACGUCCAAAGGUUUGGUGACAGUGGUGUGCUGAGGGGCACAGCAAGCACAACAGGGAAACUGCAUUUCCAUAAAAGCUAUUCUACUCUUGGCAUGAUUAUUCAUUUUAUAUUAAAAUUCCUUUCAUUACCAAGUCCUCACCCAGCUCAAGUAUGGUAGGAUUUACAUAGGCAGAAAAUUGAGCUUGAAACAAUUUUUUGGACACAUUGCUUGCCUAAAGGACCACAUAGAUCUAAAAAAGUGACACUGUGUCAUCUUCUGAAAUUAUAUGAAAUUGAAUACAAUCAAGGCAACGUGAGUCAAACAAAAUCAUUGUUUCAUUUUUAAGUGCAAAAACAGGUACUGUUGAAAUUAAUGUGCACCUGGUUUUCAUAUGAAGUAGCACUUCUUUCAUCAUCAAGCCAUUCAAUUGUGCCAUGUAGAAGAGGGAGAGGAAAGAAAGGCAGACUGUGUGCUUCAGCUCGGUGUAUGGCCAAAAGCAAUAUGUUUAUAAUAAAAUGUUUGACAUACUAAUUGUUUUAUAUCAUUUUAAGCAUACUGUAGCAACUUGUUUGUUUACUAUAUGUGCUUAGUUUUUAGAAUUAUUUUUACAAUUUCCAACCAAAUGUACUGUACAUUUAUAUAAUUUAUUGUGAGGACCUUCUCAUGGAAACCAUCAAGGAGACAAACUGGGGGCAAAUAUCACAUUAAUCUGUAUUAUCGAUUUCUUAAAGACACUGUGCUAAUGUGAAUUUAAAAUGACCUGAAUAAAUAUAUCUGUUAUCUCAAUACAGAUAGCAGUUUGGUCACCUGAGUUGAUUACAAUGGAGUAACUGAGAAUAUAUUUAUUUAUAAAGCAAACAUUCAUAAUAAUGAGAAGAUUGGAGGGCAGAAACCACUGAAGCAAGAUCAUUCUGAAAUAAAAUGUCAUGUUUUGAAUAGUUUGUCCUAAGGUGUUUAAUAAUGUUAACUUUAUGUAAGGAAAAUUCUCCUGCUCCAAAUAAAGUUACAGUUUAACAAAAAA